AACAUGCCGCGUAGUCCCACUUCCAGUGAAGAUGAGAUGGCGCAGAGCUUUUCAGACUAUUCAAUGGAGUCCGAAUCUGACAGCUCAAAAGAGGAGACUAUCUAUGACACCAUCAGGGCAACGGCCGAGCGUCCAACCAGCAGGCUGGAGGAUAUUCAGACCAACACUAUGGUCAUCAGGAUUGUAAUCCCAGACCUGCAGCAAACAAAAUGUGUCAGGUUUAACCCCAAUGCCACCGUAUGGGUAGCAAAGCAGAGGAUCUUGUGUACCCUCAACCAGAGUCUAAAGGAUGUCCUCAAUUAUGGCCUUUACCAACCGUACAGUAAUGGAAGAGAAGGAAAGUUCCUUGAUGAAGAACGGCUGCUGCGGGAAUAUCCUCAGCCUAUGAGCAGAGGUGUGCCUUCCAUGGAGUUUCGUUAUAAAAAGAGGCUGUACAAGCAAUCCAGUAUUGAUGAGAAGCAGAUUGCUAAACUGCACACCAAGGCUAAUUUGAGGAAAUUCAUGGACUAUAUUCAGCACUGUUCUGUGGAAAAAAUCUGCAAAAUGUUAGAUCGAGGGCUGGACCCGAAUUACCACGAUCCGGAGAGUGGCGAAACACCGCUUACUUUGGCAGCACAGAUGGACAACUCCUUAGAUGUGAUUAAAGCUGUUCGGAAUGGCGGGGCUCACCUGGACUUUAGGAGCAAGGAUGGAAUGACAGCUCUGCACAAAGCAGCUCGAGCAAAGACACAAACCUCUCUUGUGACCCUGCUGGAGUUGGGCGCAUCCCCUGACUACAAGGACAGUCAUGGCCUGACACCCCUCUACCACACGGCCAUGGUUGGCGGAGACCCGUAUUGCUGUGAGCUGCUGCUUCAUGAACAUGCCACUGUUGGCUGCAAAGAUGAGAAUGGCUGGCAGGAGAUUCACCAGGCAUGCCGAAAUGGGUACUAUCAACAUUUAGAGCACCUUUUGUUUUAUGGCGCCAACACAGGGGCGCAGAAUGCAUCUGGAAACACUGCGCUGCACAUCUGCGCCCUCUACAACCAGGACAGCUGUGCACGAGUUUUGCUUUUCAGAGGAGCCAACAAGGAAAUAAAAAACUACAACAGCCAGCCACCAUUUCAGGUUGCUAUAAUUGCUGGAAAUUUUGAGCUUGCUGAGUUCAUUAAAAACCAUAAGGAAACUGAUAUUGUGCCGUUCAGGGAAGCGCCCAGCUACUCACACAGGAGAAGGGGGCUACAGAGCACUUUGGCAGCACCCAGAGUCCUCCUUCGCUCGAACAGUGAUAACAACCUCAACGUCAACAACAUUCCCGAGUGGUCCGGUGCCUCAUCCUCUUUACACCGCAGCCUCUCACCACAGUUGCUGCAACAGAUGCAGAAUAAUCCUAAUGGCACUGUAAAAACUAUUGGGAGCUAUUCCCAGGUCCCCCGGAGCCGCUCGCCAUCUUUGAACCGCUUGGGAGAGGAUGCAAAAAGACAGCAGCCCAUGUGGCAGGUAGGUAGUCCUGGUGCCAACAAGGAAGCGGUCUCUGCUGGGGAUUAUCAGGGACCAAAGCGAAAGCUGUACAGUGCUCUUCCUGGGAGGCAUUUUGUUGUGGUGAAACCGUAUCAACCUCAAGUAGAAGGCGAGAUUCCCCUUUACAAGGGGGACCGGAUAAGAGUUGUGAGCAUUGGAGAAGGAGGAUUCUGGGAAGGAAAUGCCAGAGGGCAUGUUGGAUGGUUUCCUGCAGAAUGUGUGGAAGAAAUUCAACCCAAGCCAAGUGAAGGCCGACAAGAAACACGCUCAGACAGAACGAAAAAAUUAUUUCGGCACUAUACUGUUGGAUCUUACGACAGCUUUGAUGCUUCCAGUGACUGCAUUAUUGAAGAGAAGACUGUGGUCCUACAGAAAAAGGAUAAUGAAGGCUUUGGAUUUGUUCUCCGAGGGGCAAAAGCGGACACGCCUAUUGAGGAAUUUAACCCAACACCAGCCUUCCCUGCCCUGCAGUACCUGGAAUCAGUGGAUGAGGAUGGGGUGGCAUGGCAAGCCGGCCUGAGGACCGGAGACUUCCUUAUAGAGGUGAACAAUGAGAAUGUGGUUAAAGUCGGCCAUCGGCAAGUGGUUAACAUGAUAAGGCAUGGAGGCAAUCACCUAGUUCUGAAGGUUGUGACGGUGACCAGGAGCCUGGAUCCAGAUGAUACCGCCAGGAAAAAAGCCCCUCCACCUCCAAAGCGGGCUCCCACCACUGCACUGUCCUUGCGGUCUAAAUCUAUGACCUCAGAGUUGGAAGAAUUUGUGGAUAAAGCUUCUGUACGGAAAAAGAAGGAUAAAAAUGAAGACUCUGCCCCAAUAGUCAAGCCUUUAAGACCAGUGGACAACGUGCCAGUAGAUUCCAGGGUGGCUACAAUUAAGCAGCGCCCAACGAGUAGAUGCUUCCCUCCUGCUCCAGAAGUCAAUUCCAUAUAUGAUAGGCAGGGUAUCGCUGUAAUGCCGCCCACUGUUCCAGGAAGCCCUCAUGGCCCAUUUCUGGGUGUACCUCGUGGCACAAUGAGAAGGCAGAAAUCCAUAGACAGCAGAAUCACUCUGUCAGGUAUAACAGAGGAAGAACGGCAAUUUUUGGCUCCUCCGAUGCUAAAGUUUACUAGAAGUUUAUCCAUGCCGGAUGCCUCAGAAGAUAUUCCACCACCUCCAGCAACAAUGCCUCCGUCUCCACCUCCUCCAUCUCCGUCACCUUUUAACUCACCCAAGUCUCCUACUCCGCGAGGAUACGGAACCAUUAAACCAACAUUCAACAUAAAUGCAGGAACAAAGUCCCCCUCUCCAGCUGUUCGGUCGGAUAAUGUGGGGACAAUAAUGAGAGACAAGGGCAUGUACUACAGACACGAGACUGACCGGUUCUCACUAGACUCAGAGGACAUCUAUAAUUCCAAAACGUCAUCCCAGCAAAAUUUUGUAAAGAGAGCGCAGAUGCCAGAGAACCCUUACUCUGAAGUAGGCAAGUUGGGAAACAAGGCUGUGUAUGUGCCAGCUAAGCCUGCUAGACGAAAGGGAAUGCUGGUAAAACAAUCCAAUGUGGAGGACAGCCCCGAAAAGACUUGUUCCAUUCCUAUCCCAACCAUUAUCAUUAAGGAACCUUCAACUAGCAGUAGUGGAAAGAGCAGUCAGGGAAGCAGCAUGGAGACAGACCUCCAAACCUCAGAACAGCAGGGACAGUUAAGGCCAGAUGACAACCUUAAUGCGAACAGUCCAUUUGCUGCAGCAAUUGCAGGAGCAGUGAGGGACAGAGAGAAAAGGUUAGAGGCAAGACGGAACUCUCCCGCUUUCUUAUCUACAGAUCUUGGCGAUGAAAGUGUGGGCCCCACGCCAAGCCCAAGGUUACGGCACUCCAAGUCCAUUGAUGAGGGGAUGUUCUGUCAUGAGGAGAGCUUUAAGCAUUUCACAGGUCCAACCUCUCUCAUUUUAACAAGUGGAACUUCAAAUGCUUUUGGUAAAAAUGGAGACAUGAACAACGUACGGUUAGGGAAGGGGAAAGGACAUGAAAACAACACUGGUAAAGGGAUUAGCGUUAAAGGAAAUUACAUGCACCCAGUGACAGGGAAAUUACUAGACCCCAACUCUCCUCUGGCACUUGCAUUAGCAGCUAGAGACAGAGCCAUUAAAGAUCAAAGCCAGCCCACCCCAAACCCCACAGAACAAGAUAAGUCUGACCUGAACAAGCCACUCUAUAUUGAUACCAAACUACGGUCCAAUGCAGAAAGCUCAUUCCCGGCAGCAACUGUCAGUUCAGGUAGGUCGAAUCAGCGCGGGGUCUUAAAAAGACAGGAGACGGAAAAUAAGCAUGAUUCCGACCCAGCAAAAGAGGAGAAACAUCACGAGGAGAAGAAGAAUAUGUUGAUCAACAUUAUGGACACCUCACAACAGAAAACUGCUGGGUUGCUUAUGGUUCAUACAGUAGACACCACCAAAGCAGAGGAUGUUCUCAGUGAAAAUGAAGAUGCAGAGAAAGACACAUCUCUAGAAAUUCCUAGUGCUCCAGCACCAGAACCCAAUGAGAGUGCUGAAAAUGUGUUACCCAAAACAAGUGACUCUAGUAUCCCUGCACCCCCUAACAAAGCCAUUGUAACUGUUUGCUCUGUGGAUGAGCCGGUCAUCCUACCCUUCCGUAUCCCUCCUCCACCAUUUGCCUCAAUAGAUGUGGACGAGGACUUUAUUUUCACUGAACCGCUGCCUCCUCCUCUUGAAUUUGCCAACAGCUUUGAUAUACCAGAGGAUCUCUCUGCAAUUCCACCCGCCACCCUGGCAGACUUGUUGAUGCAGAGGAAGCACGGCACCCUCCUGCCUGGAUUAUUUAAUCCUGCUCUUGCCUCUAAUUCUUUAGAAAGUAAAAAGCCUGGGGCUCUAUCCAACUGCCUGCCCACCUCAUACAUGCAGCACCCUGAAAGCUUUGACAAUGUCACAGACUCUGGGAUAGAGGAGGUGGACAGUCGCAGCGGCAGUGACCACCACUUAGAGACCACGAGCACGAUUUCCACUGUCUCCAGCAUAUCUACCUUAUCUUCAGAGGGUGGUGAAAACUUGGACACAUGUACAGUCUAUGCAGAUGGGCAAGCAUUUCUAGUGGACAAACCCCCAGUACCUCCAAAGCCAAAAGUCAAGCCCAUAAUCAACAAGAGCAAUGCACUUUACAAGGACGCCGUCCUAGAAGAAAACAUGGACACUUAUGUUAUCCCUCCUCCUGCUCCACCUCCACCCCCAUUAGGCUUGCCGCCUGCUAUAUUCAAACCUGGGCAACAAAGGACCUCAAAGCUAUGGGGCGACUCCCCGGAGGUGAGAAACCUAGUCAUGCCCAGCCCCAAAGCCAGUGUUAUUAGUGAAUUAAAUUCCAUAUUGCAACAGAUGAACCGAGAAAAGGCUACAAAGCCGGGAGAAGGAUUAGAUUCACCCACUGGCAUGAAAACAGCAAGUCUUAGCACAAGGGGCAUAGAUGCAUUGAGUACAGUCUCAGGUAACAGAAAUACCACAGUCACUUUCACCGUCCGUCCUGGAGCAAACCAGCCAAUCAUGCUACAGAAUAGGACGCCCGAAUAUGACAGCAGGAUAGCCGGCAUGAGGCGAGCGCCCAGUCCUGUCGUAUGUCCUGUUGAGAUCACCAGAGAUAUCAAGCCUGGUCCACUGUCGGCUCCACCCGCCUCCAUGUCUGAUGUCUUUGUCCUACCAACUCCGCCCCCCACUGGGGACCUAUUUGGGAUGAGUAUGGGAAGAAGCAGGUCCCCCUCCCCAUCAAUUUUACAACAGCCAAUCUCCAAUAAGCCUUUUUCAGCAAAGCCUGUCCAUCUGUGGACUAAACAAGAUGUCGCCGACUGGUUGGAAAGUCUACACCUUGGAGAACACAGGGAGAUGUUUAUGGACAACGAAAUAGACGGGACCCACCUACCAAGCCUUCAGAAAGAAGAUUUGAUAGAUCUGGGAGUCACAAGAGUAGGACACAGAAUGAACAUAGAACGAGCGUUAAAACAGCUUUUGGACAGAUAGAAGUACCUUGCCUUGCUUCUUCAGAAUUUCUUUUCCUGACAGUUUCUUAACGGGGUCCUUUAAAUAAUUAAAUGAAAAUAUAAAAUUUAGAGAAAACUUUACUGCAAGUUUAAAUAGCUGUACAGAUAAUUUAUAAGCACAAUAUUUUAAGGAGAUAAGUGGCUGGUCUACUGGGCAGCCUUUGUGCCACUAUAGUUGUAGAAAGAAAAAUGGAAAAAAAACAAAAACACUUUUGUGAUUUAUUAUAAUACUAUUUCUGUGGAAUAAUUAUUUGGAGAAAAAAGAAAAAAAAACUUAGUUCAACCUUUUAAAAAAAAGGAAAAAAAAAUCAGCCUCAUUUGAAUGCACAUGAACCAGCUGAGCUGUGUUGUAUUUUCUAUCUUUCUAGAACUUCUUCAAAGAAGAAUAGAGCUUUUCUCUUCAGCAGUGGGUAACGGAUAAUGCAGUGGGUACUGCAGAUGUAGAACUUGUCACUGACACCACCCCCUUUAUGGAGACAAAGUCAUUUAUCCCUGUUCAGAGUCAGAGGGACCAUGCUGGUUUUUUGUUUUUUUUGGCCUGGGUGACCGAGGCCCUCCUCUGAGACUGGACACGGGAGUCUUGAUCUUACAUGUUCUUCUUUUGCAGGUACCGAUUUGUAUCCAGGUUCAUAUUUUUCGUUGUAAUAAUAAAAA